UUUAUUUGCAUUGGGAACUAUUUUUUGCCAAAAUAUUAGAUGGUACUCCUUCACAGUAACACUUUAAUUGAACUCCAAGUUUAUGUUCAUGAACCAUAGGCGGAGACAUAGAGAAGAAAAAAUAUCCUCUUGUUCUAGGAGAAUCAAUUUCUUAGCCACGCUUUUCUUAAGUAUUUUCUAAAUAGUUUUAACAUAGAAGUGUAAUCUUUUGAUUAAAAAAAAAAGUGUAAUCCUUAAUACUAUAUCUUUAUCUAUUUUUCACACUUCAGGGAGAAAAUCAUUUACACCCUGCAACAUCCCACUUGUUGAAGUGCAUUCACCUAAGGGUUACUUGUAAAUAUUUUGCGGUUACAAAUUUUAAUGUUGAUCUCAUUAAAUUUAAAUUUUGUAUGUUCUCCGUUUAUGUGAAUUUAAUUUAAUUUUACUCAAUUAUAAACUGCAGUGCUUUGACAAAUGGUUUGAUUAUUGUACAAAAAGAGUAGGCAUCUCGAAUAUCGUAAUCAAACCAUCUGUCAAAAAACACCCUUCACUAUAGACUUGAGUAAAAUUAAAUUAAAUUCACCUAAAAACGGAGGAAAAUACAAAAUUUAAAUUUAAUGAGAUUAGGAUUUUUAGACAAAAAAUAGUUAUAAGUAACCCUUCAUAAUUUAAAAUAUUUGCAAGUAACCCUUUACAAUUUUAUAAAAUAAGACAUGUUACUUUCAACAUAAAAUUAACAUGAAAUAUAACAAAGGUAUAUCUUUUCGAACAGAGGUUGAGUUGAUCAUCAAAAGGAGAAUUAGGCCAAAAAUUAGGAUACAUUUUGGGAAAAUCAAACUUUCAUAGAUGAAAGGCUUUCAUAAAAAUUCUCGUGGAAUUAAGAAUGACAUUUUCAUCCCGUACAUGUCAGAUCAUGGAUUAGUAAUGUAAUUUUUUUUUUAUAGGUAAGUGGAUAUCAAUUAAACUCAAUAAUAAAUAGAUGCAAAUAAUACAUAGGUAACCAAAACAUACAUGCGAUUUUGCCGCUCAUUCAGUUUGCUUCUUCAACAAUUCACAACAAACCAUAAUAAGAUCACCCAAACAGAGUCCUCGCUCUUCUUUACCAUAUCGCUACUCCACAGAGCGAAUGAAAACUAAUUUCAUCAAUCAUUAAAAGGUAAAUUUCCAUCUUUAAAUGCUUUCAAAAUUCUACAUGAAAAUUGCCACUAGUGUUAUACAUCUAUAAAUGUUGUACCUCCAUCGUCACAUAUGUCAUAAUUUUUACCCGUGAGAUUAGAGAUUCUCAAGGAUAUUCGUGUAACAAUCUUAUGAACAGGGGCGGAGCUAGAGGGGCAGAAGGUGGUUCAUACAAAACGCUUUCACUUGUAAAUUACGUUGUAUGUAUAAGGUCAAAUGUUUUUUUAUGUAUAUAUAGUAGAUGUUGAACCUUCUUGGUGAAAAUUUUGCCUCUGUCAUUGUCAAUGAAGACUUCAUAAUUAAAGUAUAUGAAGAUUCACCGUCUAAUGACUAUUUUUAGUCUACUUAGAAAGAUCAUAUAUAGAUAGAAUGUGAUAUUGGACUAGCUGAUUGAUUGAAUUUCAUUAGGAAUGAUUACAAAGUCAGAGAACAAUCACGUUCAUUUUUUCCAUGACGAUUUUAAUAACCUCUAGAUCAUAAUAAAUCCAUGCCAAUGGCGUAUAUUAUAUUUUAGUUGAUCAAUGAGACCUAUUUUUGUGUAGGAUAGCCCGAUCGAUGGAUUCUCAAAUGGCUGCUGCUUUGAGUAGCAGUGUAGAAAAUCACUUCUCGCUUCAAUCAAAUGCAGCCACAGACACUGAACAAGUCGUGUUGAAGGUACCUUUCGUCAUUGGUGUUGCUGGAGGGACUGCAUCUGGCAAAACAACUGUUUGCGAUAUGAUUAUUUCACAGCUUCAGAAUCAACGAGUCGUCCUAAUCAGUCAAGAAGCAUUUUAUCAUCCAUUAACUGCAGAGCAGUUAGAGAAAGUACACGACUACAACUUUGAUCAUCCUGAUGCCUUUAAUACGGAGCUUCUGCUUUCGUGUAUGGAAAAAUUAAAACAUGGAAGAGCAAUUAACAUUCCUAAUUAUGAUUUCAAGUGCCAUAGGAGCAUCGAACCAGCCCGUGUGGUCAAUCCCUCAGAUGUAAUCAUUUUAGAUGGAAUUCUUAUUCUACAUGAUCCACGUGUACGUGAUCUCAUGAACAUGAAGAUCUUUGUUGAUUCAGACUCUGAUGUGCGGCUGGCAAGGAGGAUACGGCGGGAUACUGUUGAGAGGAACAGAAACAUCCAAUACGUGCUAGAUCAAUAUGCAAAAUAUGUUAAACCUGGUUUCGAGGACUUCAUUCAUCCAACAAAGAAACAUGCUGAUGUAAUUAUUCCGCGAGGAGCAGAUAAUGAUGUUGCAAUCAACUUGAUAGUUGAACAUAUUCGUACAAAGCUUGGACAGCACGAUCUUUGCAAAAUAUAUUCAAAUGUAUUCGUUAUACAUUCUACAUUUCAGAUACGUGGGAUGCAUACGCUUGUACGAAAUGCAAAAACAACCAAGCAUGACUUUGUUUUUUAUGCAGAUCGCCUUAUUCGCUUGGUUGUGGAGCAUGGUCUUGGUCACCUUCCCUUUACUGAGAAGCAGAUAAUCACUCCUACAGGAUCUGUUUAUAGUGGCGUCGUUUUCUGUAAACGCUUGUGUGGAGUCUCGAUCAUUAGAAGUGGAGAAAGCAUGGAAAAUGCAUUGAGGGCUUGCUGCAAGGGAAUCAAAAUCGGCAAAAUUCUAAUCCACGGGGAGGGUAACAGUGGCAGGCAGUUGAUCUAUGAGAAGCUACCCUCAGAUAUUGCAAGUCGCCAUGUGUUGCUGCUUGAUCCAGUACUUGCUUCAGGGAAUUCUGCAGUGAAAGCUAUUUCUGUGCUGCUUAGCAAAGGUGUACCAGAGUCUAAUAUCGUUUUCUUAAACCUUAUAUCAGCCCCUGAGGGACUACAUACUGUAUGCAACAAAUAUCCAAGAUUGAAAAUUGUGACAUCAGAGAUUGACACAACCCUUAACAAGGACCUGCAUGUGAUUCCUGGUAUGGGAGAAUUUGGAGAUCGUUAUUUUGGUACUGGUAGUCGAGUUGCUCCUUCCUAGCAUCACAUAUGCAAAGCUUGGGGAGGACAUAGACAUACUCUAUCCCUCUUCUAUUCUGGGGUGGAAUUAUAGUGUUCAUCAUUUAAUUAAAUGUGGGUUAAUCUUAAAUAAUCCACAGAAGUUUUGUAAUAACUUUUGUUACAUUUUCCUGAAAGCACAAUCUUAGCCAUAGAGAAUUUGCGCUUUCUUCCUCUUUGUAUUAAUUAGAAAGAGCGAGGUCAUAUUUAUUCAAGGGGAUGAAAGACCCGUAAAGAAUCACGAGAUUUUGUGAUCAGAGAGGUGUCUGUGAGGCUUGGCCAUAGAGUUGUAAUUGGAUUUUUUUUCCUUACAUUUUCGUAAUAUUAUUGUUGCACCUGAUAUAGAAAUGUCUGUGAUAACUUCUGUAAGACGCGUUCUUUUUAAGUUUUAUUAUUAUAACAGCAUAUUCUUCUCCCCUUUCUUGCAGUUCCCUCUUCCCCCUCUUCGUUCCUGCCAUCCGUCAUGUUUAAAGCAACCAUCCGAAAAGAAGAAGUUUAUUCUUUUCUCGUUUGACUUGCCCCUGUCCUUUUUAUUGAUUUUCCACCCGAUGUCUGGUAUCCGCUUUGGGGU